GCAUACUAUGUCAGGGAUUUCCCUGGACACAACUGUCCGUCGCAAAACCUAUGUCAAAGACUUUUGUGUGGCCACACCAGAGGAGUUUGUGAAGUGUUUUGGGGGAAGUAUCACCAUCAACAAGGUUCUGAUUGCCAAUAAUGGAAUUGCAGCAGUCAAGUGCAUGCGGUCAGUCCGCAGAUGGGCAUAUGAAAUGUUCCGAAAUGAAAGGGCAAUUAAAUUUGUUGUCAUGGUUACCCCAGAAGACCUGAAAGCAAAUGCAGAGUACAUUCGUAUGGCUGAUCAGUACGUGCCUGUGCCAGGAGGCAGCAACAACAACAACUAUGCCAAUGUGGAACUCAUCCUAGACAUUGCCAAAAGGAUUCCCGUGCAGGCUGUCUGGGCAGGCUGGGGCCAUGCAUCAGAGAAUCCAAAACUUCCUGAGCUCUUGCACAAGAAUGGAAUUGAGUUCAUAGGUCCACCAGAAAAUGCCAUGUGGUCUUUAGGAGACAAGAUUGCUUCUUCUAUAGUAGCUCAGACUGCUGGUGUUCCAACGCUGCCCUGGAGUGGAUCAGGUUUGAACACAUUGAGAUGUCUGGUUCUGGGUCCAUAUGACAUCAAAGGAAAGUCUCUGAUAGUGCCUUCAGACCUCUAUCGUAAGGGCUGCACAUCUGAUGCAGAAGAAGGCUUAGAAGGUGCAAAGAAGAUCGGUUUUCCAGUGAUGAUUAAAGCCUCUGAAGGUGGAGGUGGGAAAGGUAUCCGAAAAGCUGAAAAUGCUGAGGAGUUCCCUAACUUAUUUAGACAGGUACAGCAAGAAGUUCCAGGCUCCCCCAUCUUUAUUAUGAAACUUGCCUCAGCGGCUCGUCACCUGGAGGUACAGCUGUUGGCAGAUAAAUAUGGAAAUGCCAUUUCGCUUUUCGGCCGUGACUGUUCUAUACAGCGAAGACAUCAAAAAAUCAUUGAGGAAGCACCUGCUGUGAUUGCCAAACCUGAUGUCUUUGAAAGGAUGGAGAAG